AUGACAUCUGGUCCUGAGAUAGCGCGGUUAGUGAAUGAGUUCGAGCUGAAUCAACCAGAAGAUAUGUCGACACACCACGAAGUUCAGAAAAGUUUUCAAACCUCGUUUGGUAAUGAUGUCAAGUCAUUGGUGGCAACAUUUGAAGAGCUCGGGAACCCUUUCCUGGACCAAGGUGAUGAUCUUGUUGCACUGGACACCAAAGAAGUUGCUCCGCCAGAUGCGCUAGAGAGACUCAAGAAUAUUGAAAUCAAAGGUAAAUCCCAGUGUGACGAGUUUGUGUUGGAGCGUUUGGAGGAACGUAAGAGUUCCAUAUUUGAUCCAAUCAAGCGGAACAAGCUAAGCUUUUUUACUUCUGCCCUCCCGAAGAAAACAGCAAAGUUCCAACAGCAGCUAUCCUCUGUUAAGAGCGACUGCGCUCUUUUUUCCCGCCUCUACAUCUCAUGUCAGACCAGAGACGGUGACCUUGACGACUUCUUCAUGCAUGAGAAUCAAGGGUGUCCUCCUUCCCUAUCCAACCAGGGAAAGCUCCGCCUACCAAAAAAGAAAUCGGAACUGGUAGACUGUCUACUAGGGGAUGGCACAGCUGCACAAUCUACUAGGGAGACUGUCAAUGUUACCAUAAUUGAUGGGGCCGUAGCUGUCAAUAUGAUCAGACCAAGCAAAGAGGCAACAUUUGAAGAUUACGCUUUGAAAUCCUUCCUACCGUACAUAGAAACACAAUCCCGACUUGUUGACCGAAUAGAUGUUGUAUGGGACGUUUACAUUCAAAACAGCCUGAAACAUACAACCAGAUGCAACCGAGGGGCUGGUGUUCGACGUCGUAUCUCUGCAAGCAGUCCUAUUCCUCGCAAUUGGGGUGAAUUUCUUUGUGUGGAUGAGAACAAAACCCAACUUUUUAAGUUUCUGGCAGAGUAUUUAUCUAACCUCAACACGGAGAAGCAAGUCAUUACAACAGUUGGAAACCAAGUGCUUUGCACAGUACAGCGUGACCUUACUUGUCUUGCUCCUUGUUCUCACGAAGAAGCUGACACCAGAAUUAUACUUCACGUGCAAGACACCAUCAACCGUGGUUAUACAAGGAUCACUAUCCGCACUGUAGGUACGGAUGUUCUGGUCCUUGCAGUUGCAGCACUACCACUUCUUUCUGGCCCCACACAACCUGAACUAUGGCUCGCAUUUGGAACUGGAGCAAACCUUCGAUAUAUUGCUGCUCAUACAAUUUGCGCCAACCUUGGUCCACAAAUUUCAAAAGCACUCCUUUUCUUCCACGCCUUCACAGGUUGUGAUACAGUAUCCUGUUUUGCUGGAAAAGGAAAGAAAACUGCCUUCGAGGUAUGGAAGUUGUACCCUGAAGUCACAGAUGCCUUUCUCCUCUUGGCCUCCGAACCACAGGAAGUGAGCGAGUCUUGUAUGAUCAGCAUUGAGCGUUACACAGUACUACUCUACGUCCGAACCAGCAACAAGUCGACUGUAAAUGAAGCUAGAAAGCAGUUGUUUGCACAGAAAGGUCAAUCCCUGGACGCCAUACCUCCUUCUAGAGCGGCUCUAGUGGAACAUACAAGACUUGCUGCAUACCAGGCGGGACACUGCUGGGGACAAGCUCUUAAGCCACGCCCGGUGCUUCCUAGUCCUGAGAGUUGGGGCUGGACUCUGUGCGAAGGACAGUGGGAGCCAUACUGGACGACACUCCCAGAUGUCACACAAGUAUGCCGUGAGCUAGUCCGAUGUGGGUGUAAGAAGGGCUGCAGAGGAAGGUGCUCCUGUCUUAAAGUUAACCUCCACUGCACAGCACUUUGUUCUUGUGACGAGGAGUGUAAUAAUAGAUAG